CAAAUAAUUCAUUGGAAUCAGCCAUCUUUGUUGUUUACAUUCGCCUCGAACAUUUUGAGGUCAAAACUGGGACAAGGCAUUCCCACCACCCUCGAAUGCAGCAUUAUACGAUACUGCUGCGGCUUAAAGAAAACCAAUGAUACGUUAAAAAUAUGCACUUGUGUCAUAUUUUGCACAAAUGUCACGCCUAUAUGACAUUCAGGGACGCUUAUUUUUGACGUCAGAUUGAAUUCCGUCGUGACGUCAUCAACAACAAGACGGGUCGAGUAAAUCGAAAAUUGAAGACGGCGACUGCGGCAUUUGCCCUCGCAGCAUUGUUAUCAGACAGAGUAAAGCAACACCAACGGAUAAUGUAGAAAGGCAAGCGUCCCCCGAUGAUGCUUUGAGGGGAGCUUCCUCCUGAGGUCGUUGCUAAAUGUCCCCUGACCUUUGCCGACAUUACGACCAUGAGCCAUGGAGUCAGGAGGAGCAGACACCCCGGUCACUUUAGUCAUUAAGGCGUCCGACCAAAAGCAUGAAGACUGCACAAUCAACUGCUUUCUGAGCUGGACUGUGGAGGAGCUCAAGAGUCACAUCGCCACUGUGUACCCCAGUAAGCCAGUAAAAUUUCCUCAAUGUGUACUGCAGCGCUCCAGAGAUCAGCAGCUAGUGUACUCAGGGAAGCUCCUGCAGGACCACCUCCAGCUACGAGAUGUACUGCGACAGCCGCACAACGAGUACGCCAUCUUGCAUCUGAUGUGCGGCUCUUGCACCCCGCCGGGCUCGCCUGCAACCCAUUGCCCCUCCGCGCUCAAUGCCGGCCUUCUGACAUGUCCUCUCAUCUUUGUUAAGAGUUCCGAAAGUGCAAGGUCAGCACUUCGUGACAGUACCUCCAUCUCGGGAGGUCCUGAUGAUCUCAGACGUCGAGGUGGCAUCGUCAGCUUGAACCCUCUCAGCCCUGCUGGUAUCCCUCGAUUACCUCAAGGCGGAGCUCCGACGCCUCUGCGAGGUGGCCAGAUGUUGAUGCCCAUUCAGAUGCUGUGGUGGCAGCAGAUGUACGCGCGGCACUACUACAUGCAGUAUCAAGCGGCGGUGGUGGCCUCCCAGACUCCCAGCUUCCCCUCCGCCACCUCACAACUGCCGCCCUCCCGGCCCAACGAAGCCGCGCUGGCGCCCGCCGUCCCGGACGCCGACCCCCUGCCGGAGAACCUGGCGCUGCCUCCUGCAGCCAACGCCAACAUCCAAAUAAACGUACAGGGCGGCGGCGCGCUGAACGAGGACGAGCUCAACCGCGACUGGCUGGACUGGCUGUAUGCGCUGUUCCGUGGCUGCGUCCUGCUCAGCUUUGUCUACUUCCACUGCUCCUUCGGCCACUUCAUCAUGGUGGUGGGAGCCAUGAUGCUCGUCUACCUGCACCAGGUGGGCUGGUUUCCCUUCAGAACAGUAGCGCAUCAACAGCAGCAGCAAGAGCUGCCGAACUUUCAGGAUCCUGAACAAGCUCAAGCUUGGGAGGAAGCGGAGAUGCAACGGGGCAUCUGGGAACUGGAGCGGGUGAUGGACAACGGCAUGGACGAAGCCCAGCAAGAGGACCCCGGCUUGCUCGCCACGGCGUGCUCCUUUGUCCGAAUCUUCUUCAGCUCACUUAUUCCGGAGGGGUGGCCCCAAAGACCACCUGCCUUACCCCCUGUGCUCCGUCCUCAUUAGUCCUGAACAAGCCUCAACCAGCAUGUGGACAAGUUGACUUAUGUAUGUUUCUCAAGGCCUGAAAAAGAACUAUUUGGAAAUAUAUUAUCAAUCAAGCUGUAAAUGGAUGCAUUAAAACUCAAUUUUAUUUAUGUAAUGUAAUUGAUGCUGUACUUCUCUUUGGGGAAUAAAAAGCUCUUGUUUUCU